AUGGUCACAGAGUAUAGAAUUGAGGCAAAGCAGCAUGAACUUCAUGGACCCUGUACAGAUUACAGAGGUGGAGAUGUUUGUUGUCCGAAGGCAAAUUAGCAUGGCUAAAUCCCCAGGGUCUGACAAGUUGUUCCCUGGGACUCCGUGGAGGAUGUGCAGAAAUUGUCGGGCCCCAAGCACAGAUAUUUAAAUCAUCAUCAGUGACAGGUUAAAAAUGACAAGGAAUUUGUUAAUGGAAAUUCAAACACAACACACCAGUUUUGUCUAGAUAAUUAAGAAGUGCAACAAGGGAUUCAAUCAACAAUCCUUCCUGCUCAGACUGUGGGGAGGAAUUCACUCAGUCAUCUAACCGACUGGCACGCCUGUUAUUUUACACGGGGGAGAGGCCAUUCACUUGCUCAGACAGUGGGAAUGGAUUCAGUUGGUCAUCACAACUGAAGGUACAUCAGCAAAUUCACACUGGGACAAGGCUAUUCCCCUAUUCUGUGGGUGAGAAGGGAUUCAGUCGGUCAUCCCACCUGUGGACACACCAGUCAGUUCACACUGGGCAGAGGCUGGUCAUCUGCUGAAUUUGCGGGGAAGGAUUCUCUCGGUCAUCUGACCUAAUGGCUCAUCAGCUAGUUGACACCGGGGAGCGGCCGUUCACCUGCUUGGACUACGGGAAGAGAUUCACUGAAUCAUCUAAGUUGAAGGUACAUCAAGGAGUUCAUACUGGGGAGAGGCCAUUCACCUGCUCAGACUGUGGAAAGGGAUUCACUCGGUCAUCUCACCUACUGCUACAUCGGUUAGUUCACACUGCAGAGAGGGGUUUCACCUGCUCAGAUUGUGGGAAGAGAUUCACUCACUCUUCCACCCUACAGAGACACCAGUCAGUUCACACCAGGGAGAGGCCAUUCACCUGCUCAGUCUGUGGGAAGAGAUUCACACAGUCAUCACACCUACAGAGACACCAGCAAGUUCACACUGGGGAGAAGCCUUUCACCUGCUCAGACUGUGGGAAGAGAUUCACACAGUCAUCCACCCUACAGAGACACCAAUCAGUUCACACUGGGGAGUGGCGGUUCACCUGCUCAGAAUGUGGGAAGGGAUUCACACAGUUAUCCAAACUACUGGCACACCAGUCAGUUCACAGUGGGGAGUGGCCAUUCACCUGCUCAGACUGUGGGAAGGGAUUCACUCGGUCAUCUGAUCUGCUGACACACGGGCGAGUUCACACCGGGGAGAGGCCAUUCACCUGCUGUGAAUGUGGGAAGGGAUUCGCUCGGUCAUCUGAUCUACAGAUACACCAGCGAGUUCACACUGGCGAGAGGCCGUUUACCUGCUCAGUCUGUGGGAAGGGAUUCCAUAAAUCAUCCAACUUUCAUAGACACCAGCAAUUUCACACUGGGGUGAAGCAGUUCACCUGCUCAGACUGUGGGAAGGGAUUCAGUCGGUCAUCCUCACUAUUGGCACACCAGUCAGUUCACACUGGGGAGUGGCCAUUCACCUGCGCAGAAUGUGGGAAGGGAUUCGCUCGGUUUUCUGAUCUACAGAUACACCAGCGAGUUCACACUGGGGAGAGACCAUUCACCUGCUCAGUCUGUGGGAAGGGUUUCCAUCAAUCAUCCAACCUUCAUAGACACCAGCGAGUUCACACUGGGGUGAAGCCGUUCAUCUGCUGUGAAUGUGGGAAGGGAUUCACUCGGUCAUCCUCACUACUAGCACAUCAGCGAGUUCACAGUGGGUAGAGACCGUUCCCCUGCUCAGAACGUGGGAAGGGAUUCACUCAGUCAUCCAAUCUACAGAGACACCAGCAAGUUCACUUCGGGUAAAGGCCGAUCACCUGCUGAGACAUUGGGAAGUGUUUUCUCAGCCAUCUCCAUCAAAUGUGCAUCAUUGGGUUCACACUGUGGAGAGGCAGUUUACCUGCUGUGAAUGUGAGAAGGGAUUCACUCAGUAAUCUAACCUUGUGACACACUGGUGGGUUCACACUGGGGAGAGGCAGUUUACCUGCUGUGAAUGUGAGAAGGGAUUCACUCAGUAAUCUAACCUUGUGACACACUAGUGGGUUCACACUGGGGAGAAAGUUUCAAUAAGCUGCAUGCUGGAUAUUUGUCCAUCACUGUUGCAGAAUGCAAUUUCGAGAGUGACUGUCGGUGCUGAACUCUGCAAUCAUUGCUGCUAUACACCACACACAGUUCUGCACCCUGGUCACUGGGCAUGGGAGGAGUUUCUUCUGCUGCACAUUCACCUUUAAUGGAACUGGAUCUGAGACAAAUAAAUCAAUUCUAUUUUAAACUCUGUCUCUGGUACUUAGUGCAUUUAUAACACGCCUAGUGUACAGUAGAGAAUCAACUCAGGCCAGCUGGACCCUUCCAGUUAUUCAUUUCCAUGACAGUCUAUUUAAAUCCGGCCCCCCCCUGUUGCUCAUCUCUCACUCUCCCUCUGGUGAUGGGUUCCAAACAGUCAUCAUCUGUGGGUGAAAACGUUUCCCUUGAAUUUUCUGCAGACUGAAGAAGUCGAGCUGAUUACAGUUCUGUCUGAGAUGUUCUUCACCCCUCAAAUCUCUGGGCUGAGGAAGAAUGAUAUUGGUUGUUAAUCUCCAUAAUCACGACUAAUUUCCACAUUAUGGGUCAUUUUCCCUGCUGCUAAAGGGUUUUUAGAGAACAUCACUGUCCUCUAAAGGCCGAAAACAGAAUGGGAAACCAUCAGUUGGAUGUUUAACUGAGCAGGGUCAGAUACCAGAGGUGGGUCUGCACAGGGCAGAAUUUGGGGCUCUGGACGAUGGUCGGGUUAAGAACUUAUGAUGAGGAGAAGGGAAUCAGCAGCGGGGUGUGGCAACAAAUGUCAGAGUAGCAACAUUUGGAAGCUGAUUGACAGAGACAAUCAGUCGAUUGACUGAUGACACAAACAAUGCCUGUGGUAAGGUUCUCCACUGGUUGAGGUACAUGUGUGUUGGGAAUGGUUUUAUCCAUUGAGGGACUUGUUCCUGCUUGUUUAUCCAGUAAUAUUAUAUCCAGAUGGUUAUCAUGGAUUAUCCUCUCUGAAAUAAUGUAUUGAUUAUCAUAUAAUUUGUACAAACGUUUGUAAGAUCUUGACUCUAAAACUGGGUCAGGCUUGAAUUCAUGGUGCCUUUAUUAAGUUAUGGUGGGCAUUGAUGAGUUUGUAUUUUAAAGCAAGAUUUUGAUGAAUGAUAUUUGCCACUUGAUUGUACCUUUGUAGGUAAUCAGAUUGAAUUAAACUGCUGCGGGAU